UACAGAGAGGGAGCGGACCCAGAACAAGGAGGAGAGGUCUUUUUACAGCUUUAGAACAUACCACAACGUUUGCUCUCAUAGCAAUUAAUGUCUCCACGUUUGUCCCCAGGGUACGCCAAACCAUGUCGGCCAGCAAAAAGAGGAAACGUCCGAAGGACAGCGAGGGUUUGAGCUCGGGCGGAUGCAAUGUGCCUCGUCCUAAAAUCGCCCAGCAGGUCACUGUGGAUGAGCAGCAGGUCACUGUGGAUGAGCAGCAGGUCACUCUGGAUGAGGUGGACUCGUACGGCAAAUAUGUCAGACUCCGCAAUACAGUUGAUGAGGAUCAGAAUUUGGGGAACUGGCAGGUGAAGCUCCAGAUUGGAUCUUCUGCUCCCAUCGUAUUCAAGUUUGCCGCAGAAUUCAUCCUGAAGGCCCACGAGAGUACUACCACGACUGGCUGA